UGACGGACUAACAAGGCACCCCUCACUCAGACUGACACUAGUACCUACCCGUCUAGCUGGGGCAGCUACAGUACUGAGUUGGCACAAUGCCUUCCUCAGAUACUCAGCCUGAAGGACCCUUUAUCUGUGGCUGGAAUUUCUGUCGUCACAUUUCGAAUUCCCGUUUGGAACGAUGUAAACAUCUCGUCUACGACCACAUUCGACACCCAAGCUUUCAGCCUGUGCGGCUGGGAGACCUACAAGCGCUUCGCAGGGCGGAAGAAGGCUUAGGAGAUAGUUUCACGACUGGAGAUGUAUCCUGUCCAACCCAGCGUGAAAAUUUAGUCGAUAGUCAAGAUUCUGCCGGUGCAGCCUCUCUUCCUUCACCGCCAACAACCGCGCAUGCACUGACACCUCCUGGCUCUUCUCCCCCACAUCCACAUGUAUUCACACCCUCUGACGAUCAUCUUGAACGUUCAUAUCGUUCACCAAGUCCUCUUGUCGAUGCCCCUUCCGAUUCUGUUUCCCCAUUUCUCUUCCAUGAAGACGAAAGCGAAGGUAAAGCAAUUUCCGAUCGUUCGCUCGUUGAGGAUGACCCCCCGGUUUGGUCUUCGAGAGCUAGUACUCCUAGGUUUGGGGAUCUAUCAUCCCCACUCAGCGGUUCGCCUGCACCGUUAUACAGCCCACCAUCACCAUCCCUCAGCUCCCUUAUCGAAGAUUCUGCAGGGAAAAGGUCCAAGAGAAAAUUUCUUCACGAAGAAGCAGAAGAUGAAGAGUCGUCGCAGACUUCGACGUCAUCAUCGGUUUCUUGUCAACAGGUUGAAGAUCAACUAACUCGAAGUCGUGAAGACGAUGAUGUGGAAGGGAAAUGUUCAGGUGGAGCUUCGCAUCCCAAUGACACGCUUUCGAAUUUCACUGCUUCUUCUCCGCUACCGCCCCCGAAGCCAGUUUCUGCGAAUGUUUCAGAACAAACGCUCUCCUCCCGAAACAAACAUUACCUGUACGAAGAAACUCGAAUACCACAAUCUAGACGACAAACUCCUCAGAUCCCUCGUGUAGAUCAGAUUCCUUCCUUCCUUCCCCAGUAUCCCGAUGUCCAAGUGUCUCGUCAUCAGUCGUGGUAUAUGCCAAAGCGAAAGAAAACCCAUCUUCGAAGCCCUGGUAGUGAGAGGAGUUCCGCACAACACUCACCUACCACGCCGGUAGACCCUGUUUAUGCGGAUCAUUCUAGUCUCUGUGAAAGUCAAAUUCAGAACUCUGCCUGUGUAGAGGAAUCUUUUCCCCUCAUGUCACAAGCACCAUAUGAUAGCCAGGCUUAUUGGCCCUAGGGAAGUUGGCGAAGUUGGCGAUGCUGAAUGUGUGUGAAGUUUUGUAGUCGGACUGUGGUUUGGCCCGGCCACUCACCUCCCAUCAUCUGCAAUCUAUCCUUGGCAAGUCCUCACCACUCAUGAACAAAGUCAGAACGAGGCUUGACUUAUCCGUGAACCCGAAAGGCACAUUGGCCCUUCGGAGCUACUGCAGAUUAGUGGGAAAGCCAUAAAGUUCUGCAACAGAACUGGGUUAUAUAUGCUUGCUAAUUACUCUAUAACUUUUCAAAGCUUGAGAUUGAUUGUAUUUUCUUGGUCCUGUAGUGUAUCUUUAUGUUCUGUGCUGGUUUGUACAUAUUACUACUGAAGUAGUCGCUGACUGGAAGACUUAAUGUCGAGUCAAAUCAUGAUCACUUCAGACAGUCCGCCAUGACCACUUCCACUACCAGACAACCCAUUCACACUAGUCCCAUAAACCUGACUUUUUUGGGUACUGCCUCCGCUCAACCCUCCUCGACACGAAAUCACUCAGCAUUAACCCUCCGUCUCGGAAGUGAUGCCUGGCUCUUCGAUUGCGGCGAGGCAACCCAGCACCAGAUUCAAAAGAGUGCAGUGAAAAUGGGGAGGAUCGAGAAGAUAUUUAUCACACAUACUCAUGGUGACCAUAUAUUUGGUUUGCUCCCAUUGAUGGCUGCCUGUUUGAACGGUGCUGGAGGAACAGUAGACGGUGCAGAUGACCCAAGAACUCAGGUUAACCUAAACGAUUCACCUAUGGAAAUCUACGGUCCACUCGGAACUCGCGCAUACAUUCGAAAUGGCCUCAUCUACACCCACACGCUCCUGGGACGCCCAUACGUAGUACACGAGUUACGCUUUCCCGGCGACCCUCAGGACGGUGAUUUCACUCACCUCC